CUCGGUUAUGAACGAUACUAAGGAAAAGAACUCUAAACUUGUGCAUUCUCCUUUUGCAUUAUUUCCUUCCGUUGUUCCAAAAGAUUGUUUCGAACUAGCCUGCAAGUUAGCACCAGUGUUCAACUUAUUAGCUUUUCGACUAUCCAACUGUCCCGAAUAUCUACUAAAACACUUGGAAGCUCUAACAACUAUUGACGAAUUCAGUGGCAAACUUGUACUGCUUUAUAAAGAAACAGUUCAGCACUUUGGAAGACAGCCACAACCCUAUCAAUUGGGUAUCUUGCGUUCUGACUAUUUCAUCGAUGUCUUAAAAGAAAAAUCAACUCUAAAACAAAUAGAACUGAAUACUAUCGCUUCCUCAUUCGCGGCACUAGGGCAAAGAGUAGCAGAGUGGCAUCAGGUGGCUCGUUCACUAUUCGAUAAGAGUCAAGCCAAUGAUGGAGAACUACCUCCUAUUAGAAACGUCCAAAAUUUUGUUGAAGCUAUGAAGGAAGCGCAUACUAUAUAUGAUGAUGCGGAAAGUAGGAUCUUAUUUGUCGUGCAACCCAAUGAGCGGAAUACAUAUGAUCAAGAAAUGAUACGAUGGGAACUUUGGAAACAGUUCGGUAUUAAAAGUUUGAGAAGAACUUUGAGGGAAAUAGAAGAACAAGUUGAUCACUCGAGGCUUCCGGAGAAACUCAUACUGGUUUCUUGCAAUGAGAGAAUUCCUAUUUCAGUUGUAUAUUUCCGAGCAGGAUAUUCACCAGAUGAUUAUCCAUCAGAACAAGAAUGGAAUGCUAGAAAAAUAAUUGAAUGGAGCGAUUCCAUUAAGUGCCCCUCCUUAGGUUUGCAUUUGGUUGGAAUGAAGAAGAUACAGCAAGUCCUAAGUGAACCUGGAGAAGUCGAACAGUUUUUACAAGAUAGGCCUGAAGAUGCCGCACUUGUUCGGUCUUGUUUUGCCGAACAACAUAGUAUGGAACCUUCUGUUCAACAAUUUGCAGUAGAAUUGGCACAAGCGCAUCCCAAUGACUAUGUGUUGAAGCCCCAAAGAGAAGGAGGCGGUAACAAUUUAUAUGGAGAUAGAAUGCUACAGCUAAUUAAUCGAGCUUCCAAAGAAGAACUGAGUGGCUAUGUUUUGAUGAAAUUGUUAAGACCGAAAGACUAUUCCAAUUAUUUGGUUCGAAAUGGAGUUGCCUCAUUUGGAAAAUGUAUUAGUGAAUUAGGCAUAUUUGGAAUAUUUCUUUCUUCCGAUGAUAACGAAUUGAUAAUCAAUCGAUCGAUGGGACAUUUGUUAAGAACCAAAUGGACUCGACAAGAAGAUGGUGGCGUUGCAGCUGGAAAUGCCUUUUUAGAUAGUCCACUUUUAACUAGCUAAUAUGCCUUGUUUCAUAUGCACGUUUGCUAAAAUAACAACUAGUCUCACAAUAUUGCUUCCUAGAGGACUUGGAAUAGCGAAGAAACAAAAGUGGGGAACUCAGCGUUACUUUACUGAGC